AUGGGGACUCGGAAUGAUUUGGGGCUCCAUCUCAUUUUCACAAGUUUUUUCUUGCUUGCAACCACAUAUACUUGUUUGAGUGUUGAAAAUACUAGCAUCAUUUGCUUUGAGCAAGAGCGCCUUGCUCUUCUCAAGUUUAAACAUAGUGUGAAAGAUUUUUCUGGAAUGUUGUCAUCAUGGAUUGGCAAAGACUGUUGCAGGUGGGAAGGAAUCCAGUGUGACAGUCUCACUGGAAGAGUUGAAAGCCUGAAUCUCCAUUUCGUAGUUGGUAAUGAGGUGAAUUCUUCUUUAGUAGAAUUGAGGCAUCUAAAUCACUUGGACUUGAGUGAGAAUGAUUUUAGAGGAAGCCGCAUCCCUGAGUUUAUUGGAUCCUUCAAACAAAUGACAUACCUCAAUCUCUCGAAUGCUGGAUUUCGAGGUAUUAUUCCUCCUCACAUUGGAAAUCUUUCUAAUUUAAAGGUUUUGGAUCUCAGUUUGAACUACUACCUGAUGUCGGAUGAUAUGUCAUGGACUUUUGGCCUUCUAUCACUCCAGCAUCUCAACUUGAGUGAUGUGGAUCUUGGCGGAGCAAAGAACAUGGGCAUGGUGCUUUACAAUCUUCCUUCGUUAAAAGAGUUAAGUUUGCGUGGUUGUGGACUUUCUAAUCUUGGUCCUUUUCUUAAUUCAAGUAGAACACUUCCCAACAUCAAACACCUGGAUCUUAGCUUCAAUUCCUUCACAGGUCCACUUCCUGGCUUUUUUCAGAACUUGACAUCCCUGACAUUCCUGGAUCUUUCAAACUUUGAUCUUAGUUUGGCAUGGAACUUUGCAGACUUUCUAAAAAUGAUCCCUUCUUUAACAGAGCUGCACAUGUCACAUUGUGAGCUGAACAAGACAUUUUUGUCUUCCCCUCAUCUCAAUCUCAGUACUAUUUCUAACAUCCAACACCUGGAUCUUAGCGAUAAUUCAAUUGGAGGCAUAUUUCCAUCCAUUUUAACAAACAUGACUUCACUAAGAUUUCUUUAUCUUUCGGGAAACAUGUUGAGUUCAUCAGUUUCUACUAUGCCUAACCUUUUAGAGCUUGAUCUCUCGAACAACAGAUUGACAGGUCCAAUCCCUGAAUCUCUAAGAAGAUUAAGAUUCUUAGAGGUAUUAGAUCUAUCAUAUAACGAGUUCACAGGUCCUAUUCCAACAUUCUUUGGGAAACUCUCCAAACUUGACCUUUCUUUCAAUCAAUUGAAUGGUUCAAUUCCAGACUUCUUUGGAAAAUUAACAGAUUUAACUGAUCUGAAUCUAGGAUCCAAUCAGUUAAGGGGAGCUAUUCCGGUUUCAGUUGGGAAACUUUCCAAACUCCAUGCUCUAGAUAUCUCUUACAAUUCUUUGGAAGGAGUAGUUUCUGAAGCCCAUUUUGCUAAUCUUUCUAUGUUGAAGCAUUUGGAUACUUCUUAUAACACUAAACUGACAUUCAAAGUUUCACGUGAGUGGAUACCUCCAUUCCAAUUGGUGUCUUUUAAAAUCAUUUCUUGCAAUAUCGGAAGUGAAUUCCCGCAAUGGCUUCAAAAUCAAAGGACACUUGAGACGUUAGUGUUGUCGAAUGCUUCAAUUUCAGGACCUUUGCCCACAUGGUUGCGUGAGAUGCCUGUCAUUCCUUUCUUAGAUCUCUCUCACAACAAACUCAGUGGAUCUUUAACAAACCUUCCUAAUGGUGGAAACUUUUAUGUGUCUGGAUAUCGAGUUGACCGGGUAUUAUCUCUAGAAGAUAACCUUUUCAAUGAGUCGAUACCAAGGUCAUUGUGUAGAAGGACAGACUUGGAAAUACUUGAUCUUUCUAGAAAUAGGUUAACAGGGAAAAUUCCCAAGUGUCUUCAGAAUCUACAACAGUUGUUUGCGAUGAUAUUUAGCACAAAUCAACUCUCAGGUUUCAUUCCAAGUUUUAUAGCAUUUAAUUCUUCAUCGUUGGUUUGGUUACAAUUGAAUGACAAUAACUUUGUUGGUGAAGUCCCUCGAGAAUUGGGGAAGUUACGCAAUUUAAGUGUUCUAGAUUUGGGUGAUAAUAAUUUUUCUGGAAAUAUACCAGAUUGGAUUGGCGAAAACCUUCUAUCUUUGAUGGUCUUAAGGUUACACAAAAAUCACUUCACUGGAAAAAUUCCUCUAUCAUUAUGUAAAUGUUCAAAGCUUCAUAUUUUGGAUGUUGCAUACAACAACUUAACGGGAACCAUCCCUGCUUGUCUAGGAAACUUGGAUGCCAUGGCUAGCAAAUUAUCUGAGAGUGCGCAUGUUUAUGAAAGGGUGAUUCAAGUAAUCAAAGGUGUUGAUCUUGAAUAUACAACAACCUGGGAUAUAGUCUAUAACAUGGACCUUUCAAGCAAUAAACUUGUAGGAGAAAUACCUGUGGAGAUAACUGCGCUUUCUAUGUUGUUGGGUCUCAAUUUGUCAAAUAAUCAUCUCAGUGGGAGAAUUCCAGAAAACAUUGGAAACAUGAUGAGGUUAGAAUCUCUUGAUUUAUCUGGAAAUAAGUUGACCGGGAUGAUUCCUUCAAGCAUGGCAGCUUUGACUUUUUUGAGUCAUUUGAAUCUGUCACACAACAACUUGUGGGGAAGAAUUCCAACAGGCCAUCAGUUGCAGACCCUUAUUGAUGAUCCAUCAAUAUAUGCUGGGAACAGAGAUCUUUGUGGACCUCCAUUGACAAAGGAUUGCUCAAAGCAUGAAGACCAAACAACAACAAUAACAAUGCCCAAGAAGAAAUACAAACAGACUGAUGCGCCUACCAAAGCAUGGUUGAAGACAUGGUAUUACGUAGAUGUAACGUGUGGUUUUGCAACAGGGUUUUGGGGUGUUAUUGGACUUUUGUUGCUCAUGAAGCAGUGGAGACAGAAGCUUUUCACCUUUGUGGAGGAAACCAUUGAGAAUAUUUCCUAA